GGUGGGGAGGCUGCAAAUAACCACAAGCCUAGGUCAGGCGUUUUACUUUAUCGCCGAAUUCCAAAAUGGCUAUGUGCACCACCCUCCGGGGCGCACCCCUGAACCGUGCGGCUUUCAAGGCCGCCAAGCCUCAAGGAGUUCGUGCUCCGGCCUCUCGUGUUACGCUGGUUGUUGAGGCCAACAAGAAGGUCACGAAGAAGACCAAGGUCAUCCUGGUGAAUGACAUUCCGAAUGUUGGCCGUGAGGGCGAGAUCCGGAGUGUUCCCGUGGGCUACUGGCGGAACUUCCUGCUGCCAAACGGCAUGGCCAAGAUUGCCAGCGACGCAAUCCUAGCUCAAAUCCGCCGGAAGAAGGAGGAUGAGAUCCGGAAGAAGCUGGAGGAGAAGGCCAAGGCGCAGGCCUUCGCCAACGCGCUGGCUACCAUUGGCAAGUUCAUGAUCAAGAAGAAGACGGGUGACAAGGACCAGAUCUACGGCAGUGUGCAAGUGCAGGAGGUUGCCGAUGCCAUUCUGCUCCAAACAGGCCAGAAUGUCAGCAACUGCGAGAUCACGUUGCCGGAGAUCAAGUCGGUCGGCACCUACGAGUGCUCUAUCCGCCUCCAUCCUGAGGUGGUCGGCACCUUCUCCGUUGUGAUCCAGAAAGAGAAGAACGUGUUGACUGUCAAGGCCUCGGAGCCCAAGAAGGCCAAGAAGUAAGGUCUUGUGGUGCUUGACUGGUGCAGCGCAAGGCUAAGCAAGUGUAUCUCCGGCUGAAACGGCCGAUGAGGACAGGUCCAGGCAGGGAGAGGACAAGAGGCUGUACGAGGCGAUGGCGCGGGGUUUCAUAGAGUAUGACAGGAUGGCGGACCAGCUUUUGAUUGUAUGAACUUUCCCUGACUGGCUUCUUACGUCCCUAGCGCGCGGGGCGCCUGUAGGACUGGACGAGUCCUUGUUGAGGCGUCCAGGCCUGGCAGUUCGGUGACCGAGAGCACGGGGUGGGGUGCGUGUGUCUCACGGCGGUGUGUCUCACGAAUCACCAGUUAAGGCUCAUUCCUCAGUCUUGGGUUCGAGUCUGUGUACGAGCUACUGUCUGCCUUGUCCGGGGUGUGAGACUGACAUUCGUUGUCAUAGUGUGAUUGUAUAAUCCAUCCUACACACCUACACACCCACCCACCCAUUUUGCUUGAUGCCGUGAUGGAAGGAAGCCUCGAGGGUAGGCAUGAGGAAGAAGGAGGAGUUUGAUCGUGGCGUGUGAGAAUGGGGAGGAACCCGCAGCUUGAUCGCUGCCUGGCGAUUUUGCAUUUUUGGUGGCGUAUUCUAGAAGUAACCGAGUUUAAAAACUUGGUACCUCGCGCCACCUCAGCUGGGCGGUGUAAGGGCUGGGGGCGGGUGUAAAAAUCCAUUCAAG